AUGCGCCAAACGACAGAACUGCAGAUGCCUGCGGAGUCAGCAUUUCCACUGGCAGACACUGACAGAUGUCCCACAUCUUCUACAAGGAAGGCUGAUAUACCAGCGUGGUUACGCCAGCACAACAUUACUUUUUCAGAAGACCUUCUGAAGGUAGAAUUGUUAGCAUUUUGCAAGCAACAGCAAAUGAAACUAACAUAUGUUGUGGAUAAGAUGUCAAGGGCUCGUGGACAUAGCUCUAUCCGACUGCCGCCAUACCAUGCAGAGCUUAACCCGAUUGAACUCAUAUGGUCACAGCUCAAAGGAUAUGUUGGUCAGAAGAACUUGAAUUUUCGGUUAUCAGAUGUACAGCACCUCGUUAACGAAGCUGAAGCAUCCAUAACAUCUGGACUUUGGGCCGAGUGCUGUAGCCAUGUGGAAAAGAUAGAAGCAGAGUAUUGGAGAAGUGAAAACAUCCAAGAUGAAUUAGACGAUAGCAGCAGCAGUGAUAACAGUGACGAUGAAACCGACACAGCCUCAAAAGCCGGAGAAACAACAGAGACAACAGAUAUGGUAGAUGAACUUUGA